AUGAACGGCCAUGCAGAACCGAGCAAGCGUCAACGCUUCGAUGUGCCUGCCAAGAUGAAAGCAUUACAAUACUCUGGCCCCGAGAAAUUUGCAGUCGAGACCAUCGAUGUUCCGACAAUCGGUGAUGAUGAUGUUCUUGUCAAUAUCUCAGCCUGCGGUGUAUGCGGAACAGAUUUGCAUUACCACAAAGGCGAGUUUCUGGCAAAGGUGAGAUCAUCAGGAAAUCAAGUAUUGAACAAAGCUGACUUUCUUGAAGUAUCCUUUGAUACCCGGUACGAGCGAUCGUUCACUUCUCCCCACACCUCACUCACCUUCCCAGGCCAUGAGGCAGCAGGCACCGUCGCCGCUAUCGGCAAGAAGGUCAAUAACGUCGCGGUUGGUGACCGCGUAGCAGCCGAUGCCUUACAGCCAUGUCUGAAUUGUUACUACUGCACGCGCAGAAAGACCCAACUCUGUGAAAAUGUCAUCGGAUAUGGCGGUAAUGUUCCGGGUGGUUUCGCAGAGUACUGCAGAUACCCAGCUCGUAUGGUCUUCCCUAUUGGUAACCUUCCGGAUCUAGAGGCCGUCUUGCUCGAACCCGCCGCAUGCGCAGCGCAUGGUAUUGAGAGAAUGCAGAUGGAGGUCGGAAGCAGAGUACUGCUUUUCGGAUGCGGGCCGACUGGCAUAUUGCUGGCUCAGUUGAUCAAGAUGAAUGGCGCUGCUCAUUUAACCAUCGCCUCAAAAGCCGGCCCGAAACUCGAUCUCGCGCGCGAACUCAACAUUGCCAACUCCUACAUUACCAUAUCCGACGAUAACCCCGGAGACGACAUGGCUGCGCUCUCGACUGACAAUCCCUACGGUUUCGAUAUUGUCGUGGAAGCCACAGGCGCACCGACAGUUCUGGAAAGGUCCAUCGAGUACGUGCGUAAAGGCGGUAAGCUGGUGGUUUACGGCGUAUACGACGAAAGUGUGAAAAUUGCAUGGUCGCCCUUCCGGAUCUGGGAAAAAGAGAUCACGAUUCUGGCUAGCUUCUGCAGUAUGAGCCAUAUACCGCAUGUCUUGGAGUAUGUGAAUGCUGGGAGAUUGAAGUUGGGCGGCAUUGCGAACAAGACGUAUCGAAUCGAGCAAUGGGAGGAGUGUCUGGACGCGGUGAGGAAACAAGAGGUUGUUAAGGCUGCUAUUGUGUUCGAUUGA